AUGGUCACCAAUGUCUCGGAACCUGUCACAUCCACCACUGUUGAAUAUGGCACAACAAGUCAAUACAUUGCGCCUUUCUGGGAAUGGGAGUUCUACGACAAAAAGGUCGUCACAAAGCUCGUCAAUGGCCCUCAUACCAUGGGCUCCGAGCAUCAGACUUGGUCGGCAGAAUCUCCUCAGCUCGUCAGCGGGCCAGCCAACAAGGCUGAUAGCGGGUACACCUACCGCCUCUACAAGCACGUCAUCACGUACAUUGUGAAGAAAACAAAUAGAAGGGCGGAGAUACAAGUCACAAUCAAGAGCACAUCUACAAUGACCCAGACCUUACCCGAGCCUGGCGCUUCCUUGAAGACGAAGCAGUUGGUCAGUCUUAAUAAUGUCGUUCCUGCGAAAGAGACUGGGAGAGCCGAACUUCAGAAGAGACCGGAGACCGUGGGCCAACAAGAUCUACAAGGCUCAGCUGAGACUGGCGUCCCACCGCCAGAAAAAGGAGGAGCACCAGCCCAGCCAGUCGCUGAGAACAAGGCAGGAGCGGAGUUUGGGAAUCCCCAAGGCCAACCCCAGCCUGCAGCAGGAAAGAUCGGAGAAGAAGUGCCUACAGUGGAAGAAAGCGAGAUUGCGCAGGAAUAUCCACCAGUUCGCCCCUACGCAGGUGAAGCAGCCGUACCGGCGAGUCCUCUUGCACCGCCGUCUGCAGCAAAAGUCACGCAAGCGGUAAAAGGACCCGAUGGAGAAGAGAUUGUGUAUGAAGUCAAAGGAGAAGAAAUGGUAUAUGAAUCCAAAGGUUAA